UGAGAAUACUAAAUGAUAAUAGUGGCAUGUCUGAAUAAUGGAAAGUCUUAACCUUUGUAAAUACAAAUUUUGCAUACGUUCACUUAACGCUCUAAUACAGUCCUAAUGUAGUUUGUCUCAAAUGACUUGCCGUAAGUACUUUUCCAAGUAUGGCGGUUGAUGUACGCAUGCGCAGAUGGUUCGGUUAUAAAUUCACUUCCGUGUGCAGUUUGGGACACCACAAGUACAAACCAACCUGUAAAAAAUGCACCAGAGCUCCCAACACGCUCCUCUUUUUGGGGACGAUGACGACAGAGCCCUGUCAAAAAAGUCCGAAGUCAGGCACCCUGUGGUGUCAUUCCUGCAUCUGUUCUUCCGAACCGCUGCCCUCUUGGUCUACUUAUUGUACGACUACUACAGCAGUCACUUCAUCGCCUGCAUGGUCACCAUCAUCCUCCUCCUGUCGUGUGACUUCUGGACCGUCAAGAAUGUGUCAGGGAGAUUGAUGGUGGGCCUUCGGUGGUGGAAUCAAGUCCACGAGGAUGGGACGAGCCACUGGCUGUUCGAGGCAAGGAAGCCUGACAGUUUGAACCGGACGACGAGCGCCGAGUCCAAGAUCUUCUGGCUCGGCCUCAUCGUGUUUCCCGCCCUCUGGGUUGUCUUCGUCUUCAGCGUCAUCCUCACCUUUCAAAUUAAAUGGCUGGCCGUUGUAGUGAUGGGCGUCGUGUUACAAGGGGCCAACCUGUACGGCUACGUCAGGUGUAAGGUGAGGGGCAAGUCCAGCCUCAGCAACGUGGCGAAGAACUACCUCGGGGCUCAACUCCUGAAACAGGCUAUGAGGACAACAUAGGAGGUGGAAAUUUGUGGACAAGUGCUGAAUUUCUCGGCGGGGGGUGAAGGUCUUAUUUUUAAUGAUUGCUGCUGUUUGUUUAACUUAAACUUUGGAUUAUUAUUAUUUUUUUAAAUUACCUUAUUUUCAAAAUGCACUGGGAAUGGCGAGUGCACAUUUUUUCACCGAUGUUACAUCAAAACCAAGUAUUGCACUAAUUAGUUUUCCACCAGGAGGGAGGGAAUUAACUGCGAUAUCGUUGGCCUAGCGUAAUGACCUACGGGCGUUUGGAACAGUUUCAUAAAACAACAAAAAGCACAACAAAUUGAACAAACAAGAAAAGUAUAGUUGCCAUGGCUCUCAACCUUUGAGGAUUACCGUGACCUGGAUGAUGGAGAAUCUACAUCUUUUUUUUCAUAUUUAUAUUGUGACAGCAAGUUUAAAAAAAAAAAAAAAAAAAAAACUUUUAAUAACAAUUAUGUUAUUAGGCUAACAAUAUGCUCAAAUCCCGAUAUUGGGAAAUGUUAGCAUUGUUUCCAAGUUCUUUCGGAACAAGGGGUGGCUGCUGAUGGGUGAUAUUUCGACUUUUAUCAUGUUAAAAGUGUCACCUUGCUUAUAAUUUACAGUAAUAAACCUACAGAAAACUGA